UCCCAAGUAUGUCGCUUAGAAAUACUUUCCUCCCUUUGUUCGUCAUCUUUGUCUACAGUGCCUGGCAAUGCCAGGCAUAUCCAUCUGGGGCACCCGGCUGUAAAGCAAACGGCAUACCACAAUCGGAGUACGAUUUCAUGCCGUCUCAUGGAACUACUGUGGACGAUCAGACCCUCCCGUAUUAUGUGAAUGCAACAAAUUCCGGGAAAGACUGGACAGCGGUGAUCUGGGCCGAAAAUAGUUAUUUUAGAGGAUUUUUCUUACGUGUUAUGCCACUGAACGCCUCUGAUACAGUAACAGGAAGAUACGUCACAAUGCCAACUGGUACCAAAAACUGUUCAGAUUCUGAUGCCACACACGCCAAUGCUGAUACUAAUCACACCUCUAUGACUUUUGUGUGGAGACAAAGUGACGCCAUGACAGGAGAUGUUUAUUUCAAAGCUACUGUUGUGCACACUAAAUCUACAAAUUAUAAAAUAACAACUUCUCAGUCUCCGUUUGUACCAAACCCGGGAACCACACUCACACCUUCAGCCUCAACACAGACAACUGGAACAGUGUCCACUGCUCCUCAGUCUGGCAUUUCCCCAGAUCCAGAGUGUGGAAGUACUAAAGGUUGCCAGUUAAGCUGCAAUGGCGGGGCGUGCUCUUACCUUAUCACGUGGCAAAAGCGAGGCGAUUUAGUGAGAUUCGAAUUAAUGAUCAUGUCUUCUGGAAAUAGUUAUCAAGCUAUUGGAUUUUCGAGUGACGAAAAAAUGGGUGGUGAUAGCGUGAUGGUGUGUAAAUCUAACGGUGGAAUAGUGACGUUUGAAUUAGGGCGUACCGUUGGGACAAGUUACACCGCCUUACCAAGUUUGACAGGGACGGGUGUCGAUGUCUUGGAAUCCUCGCAGACAGAUGGGAGGGUGAGGUGUGUCGUGGAGCGGACCAUUAACAGUACUAACCCCUAUGUGUUUAGUCUAACGCGCAGUUGGCACUUGUUGAGAGCCAUAGGACCUCUGGCAGGUGGUGGCGCUGCAAGUUACCACAGUACAAGGACCGCUAGUAGUUCCCAGGUAGACUUCCUCUCGGCUUCUCUUGUCGCAGAAGAACAACCGGAUAAUAUUAUGGUCAAAAUACAUGGAUCUUUCAUGAUGAUUGCCUGGGUGAUGUUCUCCAGUAUUGGAAUUGUAACAGCGAGGUUCUUUAAGGACGGAUGGGAAGGAAAAACUCUUAUAGGGCAAAAAGUCUGGUUCCAGAUUCACCGUACGUGUAUGGUUUCGGUGUUCCUCUUCACGGUGGCAGCUUUCGUGGUAAUAUUUGUGGAUGUUGGAGAAUAUAGAGAGGUUGUAGUAGCGGAUGACAGAGACUACCUUCAGUAUCAUCCAAUACUGGGCAUCAUAGUAACCAGUCUUACAGUCAUCAAUCCAAUCAUGUCGCUCUUUCGAUGUGCGCCGACUGAUAAAAAACGACCCUUAUUCAAUGUUGCUCACUUUCUUGUCGGAACUGGUGCGCAUAUUCUAGCAGCCAUCACAGUUUUAUUUGGAAUGAACAUAGACAGAUCCAAUCUUCCGAUGGAGGCUUCGUACGUCAUGUAUGCUUAUAUGGCGGUUUUUGUUGCCAUACAGAUAGCCUUUGAACUCCACAGAGCCUGUCAAAAAGGUCUCAAUUCUAAUAACCAUGUAGCCAUGGAAAUGAAAAAUGCUGGUGACAAGAGCGAAAAAAGCAUUCAGUUUGAAGAAAGUCCGAUUAUUAAAAAAGAAGUGUUCCUAUAUUUCCACAUCUUGCUGAUGGUCGCCUUCUGUGUUUCAAUGGUGGUGAUUUUGAUAACAUCCUAGGGAUGACUUCAGCGUGGAAUUUGAUUCUACAAAGCAUUGUGACUUUUACUUUUUGGAGCAGACACGACCAGGGAUCGAGGGAAGAAUGUUUAUGACACUGUAACACGGGAAGCUCUUUUUCAUAUCUCC